CCUGAGCUCAACAACAACACAUCUGCAGCAGAGCAGCAGCUGGAGAAGCAUUUAGAGCAAAAAUCAGUGGAGCUGAUAUUAACUACAGAGGCGAGGGAACAGCUGAUGAUGAGUACUGCUCAGACUGAAACAACACUGGAGGCCCUGCAGUGCCACUUCACCUGGGAUCUGGACCAAAGCAGGUCCAAACUUCUCCGUCUCAAGGACAAGGUGGAGGACAUCGGCACGUUGGAGGGAAACAGUUGGCUGGGUCACAUAUACAACCUGCGGGGGUUCAUCCAGUCCAAGCUGGGGUUCACCGAUGAUGCCAGGAGUCUCUUCAGCAGGGCUGCAGAGGCCUUCCGCAAGAUGAGAAACACCGUCUCAGAUGAGGGUCCCUGGUUGGUGGUGAACUAUGGGAACCAGGCUUGGCUGCACCACCUCCAGGGAGAACAUGCAGAGAGUCAGGCUUACCUCUCAAAGGUCGAUGCCCUGAUGAAAGAAUAUCCAUCUCCAUCGCAGGACGAGCUCCAUCCAGAGAUCUACGCUGAAAAAGCCUGGACUCUCAUGAAGUUCGGCAAAGACAAAAAGCUGUUGGCUGCAGAUUACUUCCAGAGAGCCAUCAGGAUGCAGCCGGACAUGGUGGAGUGGCAGACCAGCCAUGUGUUAGGGUUAGUGACUAGUUUCAAGCACAGCAGCACAGGGCUAGACGCUGACAUCCUGGAGAAAAUGAGAAACGCCAAGGAACAGGACCCAGAGAACCUGUACCUCGCUGUUUACUACCUUGAGCAACUUGCUAAGAAAGGAGAUAUAGUCGAAGAUGAAGCGCGUGAACUGGCCAAACAGGUUCUGAGAAAUCCUGUUGGCAGUUACAGUGGUAUGAAAGCAUUACUGAGAGUUUACAGAAACUACGUCUCUAUUGAUGAGGCUGUUGAUUUGGCAGAGGAGGCUCAGGGAAAACAUCCAGACAAACGUUAUCUGAAGAGGUGUUUAGCACUCUGCUACAAAUGGAAGAUCAUUUAUUUCAGGGAGAGUCGCCCAAAGCAAAGCAUGAUAGACAGCGCCAUCAGGCUCCACGAGGAGGUGAUUUCUCUUUACCCCCAUUCUUCCUUUAUUAAGAGAAUAGACCUCGCAAAUAUUUACGCAAAGUCAAAACGCGGCCUGGCUACAGCUGAGCAGAUGUACCAGGAGCUGCUGAAGCGUGAUCUGGAACCUGAAGACAAACAGCUGCUUUACAACAACUAUGCAAAAUUUCUGAACUUUGAUCGACAGGAGCGACAAAGGUCGAUACAAUAUCACAUGAAGGCAGCAGCGAUACCGCGAGAGUCGUUCUAUCGGGAGAACAGCAUCAAAGUUCUGCAGAAGAUUAAAGACAGGAGCAGGGGCCGAAUGUGUAGGGACAUAGAGGAGUUUCUGGCCAACCUUCAAGAGCCGUAGUGUUUUUAACAAAACAUAGGUAUUCCACUACCGAACAAAUCUGUACAUACUCUUUCAUUUGAUUACAUCAACAUUAGGUAAACUUGCAGAAAUAACUUGUGCAAAUUGAGGAAAAGGGGUCCCCUACUCUGAAGAUAGAAAGUGAAGUCUGAUUGAUUGAUGUGAUAAAUUAUUAGUCAGUGGCUGAUUUACCAUGAAAUCUCACCAUCAGAAACGUUGGUGCGAUCAGACCUUAGAUUGAUCAGAAAGAUUCGACUUCCACGCUUUUGAAAAGGUCAAACAUCGUUUAAGAAAGAUACAAUUUUUGAAGGAACACCGUUCAGACAUUUGACCAGUGCGCAAACUCAAACCUUUAAGAUUGGUCGCACCAACAUGUAAAACAGCUAAAUCAGUUCAUUUUAAUGAAAUUUACUUGCAGGGGUGAA